CGGUGCAGUCGCCAUUUUCUUUCGUUUCUGAGGGUCGGUGGAGGCGGUAGAGGGGGUUACGAUCAGGCAGGGAUCAGAAUGGACCAAGAGGACUGGAAUGUAGAGUUUGGGGAUGAGGCAUCAGCAUUUCUUCCGUUCCUGGAGCAGUCUGACUUCCCUGGAAGACCAAACGGCCCCUCAUCUGCCUUCAGACAACAUGUAGGCUCAUUCAACAUGCGUUCUGAAGAAGGUCUGAGCAGACAGUGUGAACCAGUGAGAAGAUUUGGUAGUGGAAGAAAUUUUGGAGACAGAGGUUUUCAAGAAAGGAACACAGCAGAAGAUCAUAGCACACAAAACAGAGGUUUUAGAGGAUUUCCUGCUGGCUUUGGGCGAAGUCAGAAUAUUAGAGAUGACCAAAGAGAUGGACCUCAAUCUGGAAUUUUUGUUGACUCUAGAGGAGGAAGAACAGUUGGAGGUCAUGCAGCAGCUUCCAGCAGAUGCAACGAGGAAGCAGGUUCUGAAAGAGGUCCAAAGGUGACUUAUGUGCCCCCUCCUCCACCUGACGAAGAACAAGCCAUCUUUGCACACUACCAGGCAGGAAUUAAUUUUGACAAGUAUGAUGAAAACAUUGUUGAAGUGUCAGGACUUGACCCGCCAGCACCAUUACUGUCUUUUGAAGAAGCUAACCUCUGUCAGACUUUAAACAGGAACAUUGCUAAAGCUGGAUAUUCUAAACUUACUCCAGUGCAGAAGUACAGCAUUCCUAUUGUACUGGCAGGACGGGACUUAAUGGCAUGUGCCCAGACAGGAUCAGGAAAAACUGCAGCUUUUCUUCUACCAAUUGUGGCCCACAUGAUGAAAGAGGGUGUAGCUGGCAGUAGUUUUAAAGAGCAGCAAGAACCGGAAUGUAUUAUUGUUGCCCCGACUAGAGAACUGAUAAAUCAGAUCUUCCUAGAAGCAAGGAAAUUUGUGUAUGGAACAUGUAUAAGGCCUGUUGUUGCCUAUGGAGGUACACAAAUAGGCCAUUCAAUUCGUCAGAUAAUGCAAGGCUGUAAUAUACUGUGUGCCACUCCAGGAAGGCUUCUAGACAUCAUUGGAAAAGAGAAGAUUGGUUUGCGUAAUGUAAAAUACUUGGUGCUAGAUGAAGCGGACCGCAUGCUUGAUAUGGGUUUUGGGUCAGAUAUGAAGAAGCUCAUUUCUUUUCCAAAUAUGCCACCAAGAGAAAGGCGUCAGACGCUGAUGUUAAGUGCCACUUUUCCUGAAGAAGUUCAGAGGCUGGCUGGUGAAUUUUUGAAAAUGGAUUACUUAUUUGUUGUUGUUGGACACGUGGGUGCAGCUUGCAGUGAUGUUCAGCAAAAUGUUCUUCAGGUUCCUCAGUAUUCCAAGAGGAAUAAACUGAUAGAAAUUCUACAAAGCAUAGGUCCUGAACGAACCAUGGUGUUUGUGGACAAAAAGAAAAAAGCAGACUACAUAGCAGCAUUUCUUUGUCAAGAAAAAAUAUCAGCUACUAGCAUCCACGGAGACAGGGAACAGAGAGAGAGAGAAGUAGCUCUUCAAGAUUUUCGUUCUGGAAAGUGUCCAGUUCUUGUGGCAACUUCUGUGGCAGCAAGAGGUCUGGAUAUUGAAAAUGUUCAACAUGUUAUUAAUUUUGAUCUUCCCCCCACCAUUGAAGAGUAUGUACACCGAAUUGGACGCACUGGUCGUUGUGGAAAUACAGGCAAAGCAGUUUGCUUCUUUGAUAGCAGUUCAGAUGGCCAUCUUGCACGAUCUCUAGUUAAAGUUCUUACAGAUGCCCAUCAGGAGGUUCCUGUUUGGUUGGAAGAAAUGGCUUUUGGUUUUGAAGGACAAAAAAACUUUACGUUUUGUAAUACUCAAAGGGAUUACAGAGGCAGAGACAACAUGAACCCAGGAGGAAUGAAGAUGUAUUCUGCGAGUCCAGUUGAUUCAUGGGAUUAAAAUUACUUUAGUAUGAAACUAGGUUGUAUUCUGUUGUGUUUUAAGUGAACAGUUGCACUUGAUGUUCCUUACUGUUGACCUUGCAGAACACUUAAUCUUUAAAAGAGUAGCUUAUAUCAUAUGCUAAAGCUUUCAGCUAUAUAUGGAUACUCUGUUAUGAUGAACCCAGUAAUGAUUGUCACUUUAUGUAGGAAGUCAAAAGCAAAUCUUUAGGAAACACUUCAGAUAUUAAGUGUUAAGACUUUCAGUGUUUGAUGCUUGGUAGCUUGUAUGCUGCUGUGAAGAGGUAGGUGUUUUGCAAGUGAAAAAUACUACAUUACUUGAACUUACUACAUUGUUACCAAUGUUUUGCAAGGAAGGAUAGCCUUGUGAAGACC